CCGGCUCUGACCAGACUGUCAGAAGAACAGGAAGACUCCUCUCCAGCUGAAGACGCAGUCGCUUCACUGUUGUCACCCAAGGGGUUAAAAAGUUAACUAAACUUGUCGCAGUCAUGGAAACUAAUUUAGGAGACGCAGUUGUGCCAAGUCAUCCGUAAUACCAACCCGCCGCCCGUGUCACAGUCGCCGAAACAACUCGUGGAAGUGGGAAGAGUUUUCUUUUUUUUCUUACCGCGGAGACUUUACCUACUGUAGCCUAGCUAAAGCUAACGGCUAGCUUACGUAGUGCCGCCUAUUUUCGGGACUUAUAAUUGUUUAAACAUUGUUUAAAUCGCCGGGUUGUGUUCCACGUGGAUAACGUUACUGGUAUAAUCAAUCCUCAUUUGUAUUAUAUGCACGCAACAGAUUGUUUUUGUACUUUACGUCCCGACGACGUGAGGCUGUGCUUUGAAUUUCCCUCCCUCAGGGAUCCAGACUGGCGUCUUAGCGAGGUACUCGGUCCGUUGGCUUUCUACCAAAUCAUUAGCAGCUCUGAGCUAAUUGUGGCUCAGGGUACUAGCUUAGGCCCGAGGGGAAUUAACGGGGGGCUUCUUCGAAAAGUUAAGAAACAUCGUGGGCGGAAGAGGAAGUUGUUUGUUGUUUGUUUAUUUUACAUUUGAGUCAAGGGAGAGAUUACCGCCAAACGGGCUAAUCUAACAACCCCAGUUCAAGGAAACGGAUUAAGUUAUAAAUAUGGAUCCACACACGGGGAACGCCGCCUCAGCUGCUGGUCCCAAGAAGGACAAGAAAUCAAAGAAGAACUACGAGGAUGGAGAAGGGAAAAAGAAAUUUAAGCUCAAACGCCUGAUUCCUGAUGAGUUGGAACGUUUCACCAGCAUGAGGAUGAAAAAGGACAAGGAGAAGCCCGGCCAUGUGCCAGGUCAGCGACACUCUUCAGCUGCCAGCUAUGAGAUGAACGCUCAGAGUGCUGUACUGCAUGAUCAUUCUGAUGAAUACGUGCUGGAACUCUUUGAACAGAUGCUGGUGGAUAUGAACCUGAAUGGAGAGAAGCAGCAGCCUCUAAGGGAAAAAGACAUUAUGAUCAAACGAGAGAUGGUCUCCCAGUACCUCCACACGUCUAAAGCUGGUCAAAACCAGAAGGAAAGCGCCAAAUCAGCCAUGAUGUACAUCCAGGAGUUAAAGUCAGACAACCGAGACACACAGCUGCUGAGCUGUCUGGAAUCUCUGCGAGUCUCCCUCAAUAACAACCCUGUCAGUUGGCUGCAGAACUUUGGAGACGAGGGGCUCGCCUUGCUGCUGAACCGGCUGAGAAGACUACAGGAAGACAAAGACGAGUACCCAAUGAUGGGAGUGAAAUGUCAACAUGAGAUCAUUCGCUGUCUAAAAGCCUUUAUGAACAACAAGUACGGUCUAAAAUCCAUGCUGGAGUCACAUGAGGGGAUUCCUCUGCUGGUCAAAGCCAUCAACCCUCGCGUGCCUCAUAUGAUGGUGGAUGCUGUCAAGCUGCUUUCUGCCAUCUCAAUAUUGGAGCAUCCUGAAAACCUUCAUGAGCGUGUUCUGGAGGCCAUUACUGAGGAGGCAGAGAGACUGGACAUUGAGAGGUUCCAGCCGCUCCUUGCUGGCAUGAACAAUCAAAAUAUUACUCUUAAGGGUGGCUGCAUGCAGCUAAUCAAUGCCUUGAUAAGCCGGGGAGAAGAGUUGGACUUCAGGAUCCAUAUUCGCUCUGAACUGCAAAGAUUGGGACUCAGAGACCAGCUGACGGAGGUGCGGAUGAUAGAAAACGACGAGCUGAAGGUGCAACUCACAGUGUUUGAUGAGCAGGCUGAAGAUGACUCUGAGGACCUCAAAGCACGUCUUGAUGACAUCCGCAUUGAGAUGGAUGAUGUGAGGGAAGUGUUCGAUAUCCUAGUCAACACUGUGAAGGACUCCAAGGGCGAAACCCACUUCCUGUCCCUGAUGCAGCACCUGCUGCUAAUUCGCAAUGACUAUUUGGCCAGGCCUCAGUACUACAAGUUGAUAGACGAGUGUGUUGCUCAGGUCGUGCUUCACAGGAAUGGAGCGGACCCGGACUUCAAGUGCCGUAACCUCAGUCUCAACAUUGAAAGCUUGAUAGACAACAUGGUGGACCAGACUAAGGUAGAAACCAGCGAGGCCAAGGCUGCUGAGAUGGAAAAGAAGUUGGAUGCCGAGUUGACAGCACGCCACGAGUUGCAGGUGGAGCUGAAGAAACUGGAGGGUGACUAUGAGCAGAAGCUGCAGGACUUGAGCCAAGAGAAGGAACAGCUGGCCACUUCUAAGCUGGAGCGAGAAAAGGAGAGCCAGGGACUACAACAACAGCUCACCACUCUGCAACAGCAGAUUGAAAAGCUCUCUAAAGAUCUGGAAGAGGCCAAGACGAGAGUUGUCACAGUUACUGUUCCUCUGCCACCACCUGCCCCUCCUCUCCCUGGACAAAAUGCAGGUAUACCCCCUCCACCUCCUCUCCCACCUAUGCCAGGUCAUGCAGGCAUGUCUGCUCCUCCACCCCCUCCUCCUUUACCGGGUCAAGCCGGUAUUCCUCCUCCACCUCCCCCACCUCCUUUACCAGGCAUGUCAGGACCUCCACCACCCCCGCCCCUCCCUGGCAUGCCAGGACCGCCACCCCCUCCACCCUUGCCUGGGAUGGGACCUCCACCACCACCACCACCACCGCCUGGGUUUCCCGGUAUCCCUCCCCCACCACCGGGCCCAGGUAUGCCUCCACCUCCACCAUUUGGCAUGGGGGGCUGGGGUGUCCCUGCAACACCCUCACUACCUUACGGGCUCCAGCCUAAGAAGGAAUACAAGCCUGAAGUCCAGCUGAAGAGAGCCAACUGGAGCAAGAUCGGACCUGAGGACCUCUCUGAGAAUAGUUUCUGGACCAAGGCAAAAGAGGGAAAAUUUGAAAACAAUGAGCUGUUUGCCAAACUCACUUUGGCCUUCUCCUCACAGACAAAGACCACUAAAGCCAAAAAGGAGCAAGAUGGUGGAGACGAAAAGAAGCUGCUACAGAAGAAGAAGGUUAAGGAGCUGAAGAUUCUUGACUCAAAGUGUUCUCAGAACCUUUCCAUUUUCCUGGGAUCAUUCCGUGUCCCUUAUGAGGAGAUCAAGAACGCCGUCCUGGAGGUCAAUGAGAAGGUCCUCACAGAGUCCAUGGUUCAGAGUCUGAUCAAACUACUACCAGCGGCAGAGCAGCUGAGUGUCCUGGGAGAGAUGAAGGAUGACUACAAUGACUUGGCAGAGUCCGAGCAGUUUGGAGUAGUGAUGUCCGGUGUGAAGCGGCUGAUGCCACGGCUUCAGGCCACCCUGUUCAAGCUGCAGUUUGAGGAGCAGCUGGGCAACAUCAAGCCAGAUGUGGUGUCUGUGACAGCAGCCUGCGAGGAGCUCAGUAAAAGCCAGACCUUCACCAAGCUACUAGAGAUCACCCUCCUUGUCGGGAACUAUAUGAAUGCUGGCUCCCGCAAUGGAAAGGCAUUCGGCUUCUCCAUAUCAUACCUGUGCAAGCUGCGUGACACCAAAUCAGCUGAUCUGAAGCAGACGCUGCUCCAUUUCCUAGCUGAUGUGUGCCAGGAGCAAUAUCCUGAGGUCAUGAGCUUUGCAGAUGAGCUGAUCCAUGUGGAAAAGGCCAGCAGAGUUGCUGCAGAGUCACUUCAGAAGAACCUUGAGCUGAUGGGGCGUCAGAUCAAGAACCUAGAAAAAGAUCUGGAAACCUUCCCCCCUCCACAAAAUGACAAAGACCAGUUUGUGGAGAAGAUGUCUAGUUUUGUGGGUACCGCCCAUGAGCAGUUUGAGAAGCUGGACAUGCUGCAUAAGAAUAUGGAGAAGCAUUAUAGCGACCUGGGAGAGUACUUUGUCUUUGACCCGAGAAAAAUGUCCGUGGAGGAAUUCUUUGGAGACCUCAACACCUUUAAAAACAUGUUCCAGCAAGCAGUAAAGGAGAAUCAGAAAAGGAAGGAGAAUGAAGAGAAGAUCAAGAGGGCCAAGCUGGCCAGGGAAAAGGCUGAGAAGGAGAAGGAGGAGAAACUCAAGAAGAACCAGCUCCUUGACAUCAACGCAGAGGGUGACGAAACUGGUAUCAUGGAUGGCCUGUUGGAGGCGCUGCAAUCCGGCGCUGCUUUCAGGAGAAAGAGAGGACCACGGCAAGCAGCCAACCACCGACGAGCUGGUCAUGCAGUGACCAACAUCCUGGCCAAAGAGCUGAUGCAGGAAGAGACGCCCUCAUCCAGCAAACAGCCCGCUACGAAGUCAAAGUUAGAGGAGAAGGAAGAGCCUAAACAAGAAGGAGCGGAGUCAUUAGAGGAGUUACUGGAUGCUACUCGCUCUCGGUCCAAUUAAGCACACAGGGCAGAACGUUUUUUACUCACCGCCUGUGAUAUCAAACACGGAUGUAUUUCGUAGCCAUUCCAGGGGCCAAUAUCAAUCUGAGAUUAGUGUUUCUCAGAGUUCGACCCUUGUCUUAAUGGGACCGUCUUUGGUUGCAUUGACAGCUUCUUCAGGGAGUGGCAGAGGAGGACAGGGCUCACACCUCAUCUUUUGGAUCUUUGCCAUUGUCAUAAAGAUUGAAUUGCUUUCUUCACAUAUCUGUUCAUGUAUUUUUUUGUCUGUUUAUUUUUCACUUCAUUCACCUGUCGUUCAACCAAGGCCAACUUCAGCGAUUCCAAAGACCUACUCAGAAGGAAUCCACCCUUCUUUGUGGUUGUUUCAAAAUCCCAUAUUUAGACUGGGAGUGUCUGGAAUUUGGCAUAUCCUGCAGGUGCUUCAUAAAGUUUUCUCUGGAUGUACCAGGACAAGACCACAUUAUGCUUUUUAUUUUCUUCUUUUUUUAAUAUCUCUCUGUAUUUGUCUGAUAUACUGUGUUACUGUUUGUAAAUGUUAAUAAUUUUUGCUGUGUUAUUGAAAAAAGUGCCAACCAAUACAAAUCCAGUCUUGUCUUUUCCCUCCCCGGUUUUGUCGGGUCACAGUUCACACUGAGCUGCUGUGUGGAAGAGCCAACGGCAGUCAUCA